CUCUCUUUCGAGACAAUACACACACAAAAAAAAACGCGAGAAUGCAAUUACAACCACCGGCUUAUGAAAGCCUUGCUGCUACUGACACCAAUCUAAUUACUAAUGAUAAUUGUAUUGAAGACGGAAUGAUUCAACCCGUGAGACGGCGACCAUUUAGUAAAUCCCUACGUAAUCGAUUAAAUCAUAUUGUCAGUAUGUAUAUACCUGGAAAUAAUCCUUUGGAGAAUCGAUUUGUCAAUAUUGAUGAGACAACCGACCAUACAGGAUUAUUAUCUUCAAAUGAAAGUAAAUUAGGGCUAUCAUCAUCUAUGAAAGAUAAUAAUGACUUCUUAUUAUAUGAGAUUAAAUUAAUUUAUCCAGGUAAUCAAUUAAUCAAAGGUAUUCUUCAAUGUGCUAAUCUUCUAUCAGAUAAACUACUAGAACUUGAUGAUAAAUCAUUACCAAAAAUUACAUGUCUUGCUGCUGAUCAUCAAUUAAUUUAUCUGGGCUUAGAAAAUCUUCCAUAUAUAUUUCUAAUCUCUACUAAAUUAAAUGCUGAGUGUAAUAAUCAAAAUGUUCAGAAAUUUGAAAACACUCAUUACAAAGGUUGUAUACAUCUGUUAGCACCUGGAAUUGGUAAUAUUCUACCAUAUGAAUUAUGUAUUCAUUCUAUCAUCAAAGGAGAUAAUCAUACUUUAAUUUAUAUUGUUGGUACUAUUAUACAAAUUGAACAUGAUGAGAAGAAAUGGAUUUUAGCAAAAUUUGAUUCCACCGGUCAACUAAUUGCACGUAGUCGUACUUAUACAUAUCAACGUUAUUCUGGUUUAUCCGUCGAUACUAAUGAUAAUAAUUUAUUACUCUCUUGUCCUUCAAUUAAUGAAACUAAACGAUUGGAUAAUCAUGUAUCACCAGGACAAAUAUGUAAACUAACACCAGGUUUUGAACGUCGUAUAUUCUCUAUUACUAUGGGUAAAGAAUCAGUUUUUUAUAAACCUAAUUAUGUAACACAAGAAACAGCUGGUCAUUGUUGUUGGGCAUCUGUUGAACGUGUAGAAUAUGAUUAUUCAACAGAAAAUACAGAAAAUAUUCAUCAACCAACAAGACGACUACUAGCAUUUCCUGGACGUCAACCUACUGGGGGUGCAUUGAAACAAAGUGCACGUGAAUGGUUACAUGCAUAUUCAUGGGAUUUUGCUGAUUUAAAACCAGGUAGAAUAAGUGCUUAUGAUGCGGAGCGUUUAUUAGUGAUUAACACUGAGGAUGGAACACUUUCUUAUAUUACAUGGAUAAAGAAUGAUGAAAAACCAAAUCUACAUCGGAUUACUCGUCCAUCAUCGGAACCGAUUCGUCUACUGUAUUCCACAUAUAAUUCAAAAUGUUCUCCUAGUGAAUUGAAUAAAAAUAUUGCAUAUUUUGUUGCUGGUUCAAGUAUAUACUCGUUUGCAUUUACUCAGAAUUCACCUCCUACUCCUCCGACUACUACUACUACUACUACUACUACUACUACUACUACUACUACUACACUCAUUGAUAAUAAUACUAGUAAUAAUAAUAAUAAUAAUAAUAAAAAUGACAGCAACAAUCACACAGGUAGUCAUGUUAGUCAUGCAUAA